AUGAUCGAUAAAUUAGAGGCUAUCGAUUUAGAGUCUUCACCAAGUCGUCCACGUGCAAUUCGAGCCACAACAACAAUAAAACGGUUAAAACAAAAGCUGGAUAGGAAGAAAAAAGCGUCAUCAAAAAAAUUGGACAAAGAAUUACAACUUCCAAGAACAACUGUUCGCAGAAUAUUGAAAAACGAUCCAGGAUGUCAUGGAUACAAAGUUAUAAUUGAACCAGCCUUAACAGAUCAACAUAUACAUCAGCAGAAAAGAAUUUGUAAAAUGGAUUCGGAAUAA